AUCCGCAGUUGUUGACUCGUCAUCGGCGUCCGAAGUGGUUUUGAUCAGAUGAUCGAAGGGAUUUAACCGGACAACAGAAACAGCCGGCGGCAGAAACAGCCUGCCUGCACAGAGGAGCCGACGGUGACCCACCGGCUAUGCCACAUCGGGAACCAUGGCGGGCUGGCACCGGUUAACAGCCCUCCGCGUUGGCUUGUCGCUGCUGCUGCUGUUGUUGUUGUGUUUGGAAGCGGGCAGAGGAAAACCCACGGAAAAAUGCUUCCAGGACAAGUCAUGUCAGAGCCAGAGACCCCCCGUCGUCCUCAUCCCAGGGGACCUGGGGAACCAGCUGGAGGCGAAGCUGAAUAAACCCACCGUGGUCCACUACAUCUGCUCCAAGACGACGAAAGACUUCUUCACUCUGUGGCUCAACCUGGAGCAGCUGAUGCCCUACGUCAUCGACUGCUGGAUAGACAACAUCAGGCUGAUCUACAACAAUAUCACACACACCUCCGACGCUCCACCAGGCGUGGAGAUUCGAGUCCCGGGGUUCGGAAAGACGUAUUCCAUGGAGUAUCUGGACCCCAGCAAGGGCAGCGUGGGCAUGUAUUUCUUCAGUAUUGUGCAGGCGAUGGUGGAGUGGGGCUACACCAGAGAUGACGACGUGAGAGGAGCGCCGUACGACUGGAGGAAAGCUCCGAAUGAAAACAGAGUAUAUUUCCAGGAUCUCAGGAAGAUGAUCGAGGAGAUGGCGGAGAAGGCGGGACGCCCCGUGGUGCUCAUCGCCCACAGCAUGGGGAACAUGUACACGCUGUUCUUCCUCAACCAGCAGCCGCAGGCCUGGAAAGACAAAUACAUCCAGGGUUUCAUCUGUCUGGGCCCACCGUGGGCCGGCGUGGUCAAAACGCUCCGUGUGCUCGCAUCCGGCGACAAUAACCACAUCGCUGUGAUCAACCCACUGAAUAUUCGCUCACAGCAACGGACCGCCGUCUCCACCACCUGGCUCCUUCCGUAUGCCCACACCUGGCCCAAAGAUCAGGUUCUUGUCCAAACUCCCACCAACAACUACACGGUGCAGGACUACGAGAGAUUCUUCUCGGACAUCGGUUUCGCAGAAGGCUGGCUGAUGCGUAAGGACACGGAGCCGCUGGUGUCUGACCUGACCGCCCCCGGCGUCGCCGUCCACUGUCUGUACGGCAUCGGCGUCCCCACGCCCGAGGCCUUCCAGUAUUCUGACGAGUUCCCAAACGUGGAGCCCAACGUGACUUACGGCGACGGGGACGGGACGGUCAACCUGCGGAGCGCCGUGCAGUGCAAGCGGUGGGCGGGGCAGCAGAAGCAGCCCGUCACGCUCAAAGAGUUGCGGGGCAACGAGCACGUAAACAUGCUGACGAACUUCACCACCGUGGAGUACAUCAAGCGUGUGCUUUUCUCCCUGUGAUGCUGCCAAAAGCCUGACGUUCAUGCCAACAAAUGUCUCAACUCAAAGUGUUCGAUUUUACAGGAGGAACCCUGAAAUCCACAGAUGUAGAAAUGUUUUUGUUGUUGUUAAGACUUAAUACUUUUCUAUCGAAAGUUUAGAUUUUAUUCAACAACUUGUUACAGAAUAAAAUAAUGUGUGUCAAAAAUUGGGGAUGGUUUAUUAAUGCUGUGAGAGAUUUCUGAAGCUCUUUGUAACAGAAAAUUUGAAGCACAGAUUAUAAUCACCCUGUUAUUUUUUUUUUGUUAUGAUUUUGCAUUUUUGUGUCUUAUUUUCAUUUAACUUGUGAAACCUGUUGAUUAUGUUUUGCCCUCUGUUAAACUGUUGUGCACUGCAAAAACAAAAGAUCUCACCAAGUGUUUUUGGUCUAGUUUCUAGUGCAAAAUAUCUUGAUACACUUGAAAUAAGACAAAACUAACUGAUAAGUAACUUUUCAUCAAGAUACAGAAGCUUAUUUCAAGUAAAUAAUAUUAAUAAAAAAGUACUGUUCUACUGACAGGUUAUUUCACUUACAAUAAGACAUUUUUCUCAUGUUAUAAGUGACUAUCUGCCAAUGGGACUAGCACUUUUUUUUUUACUUCAAAUGAGCACUUGCUGAAAAGUUACUUGUAAGUUACCUUUGUCUUAAUUCAAGUGUAUUAAGACACAUGAGCAACUAGAUCAAAAUAAUUGGUAAGACUUUGUGUUUUUGCAGUGAGACUUUUUUAAAGAAUGAUUUUAUGAUCUACAUCUUGGUGUGUAAGAAAAUAUUCUGAAAGUUGACUAAUGCAGGGAAAAGAUCACCCAAAAAGAGGAGGGGCUAAUCUACUUGGUUCUUUUUCCUGUUUGAAUCUUUUUGUUUGGGCUUGGUUUCAAUCAGGUGCCUUAAAGGGCUGUAAUUGCAGGAAGCUGGAAGGAAGAGACUCUUCCUGACUGACAUGGAUCUCCUCGAUGUUUUACACUUUUCCUCAUUGUUUAAGUUGUUAAAUGUUCAAAGCUUUUAGAGAAACCCAAAUCCUGCUGUGCAGAUGUGGAGAGAAAACUCUGGACCUACGUGAUUGUACUGUGCCAUGAAGCCCUCACUGACCAAACUAUUACUAUGAAGUUUCACUUCUGCUGUAAGUGAUUAUAAAUGUGUAUCAAAAACGAGCUGCCUUCUGUAGAGUAAAAUAUUUCAAGUGAA